AAAAAAAGAAGAAGAAGAAGAAGAAGAAGAAGAAGAAGAAGAAGAAGAAGAAGAAGAAGAAGAAGAAGAAGAAGAAGAAGAAGAAGAAGAGUAUUUGACUGAGUGAUUGGCGCUGGAACUAAACAACAACAACAACAACAUGAGACUAGGAUGGUUCACAAGAGCAUGGAUGGUGACAGGAAUGGCGACAGGAGUAGUGAUGGUUACUGGCGCACCACCACCACGACCACUACCUCCUUCUGUCACUUCAGGAAACUACAGCAAACCCACGAGUCAAUCUUUCAACUACUAUGAUCCUGCCCUUCUAUCUCCUAACACCUUGACUAACUCUGAUGAAACUGGUGGUGAGAGCAAGGCAUCCUUCUUGAUCUACGCCCUGGACAUCGCUAGAACACUGACAGCAGCUAAGAUAGAGAACAAAAUGACAAAAUAUACGAAAUCUGAAAUGCAAGGUAGGGAUUUUCCUCUCUUCGGCUUUCUGUCCUUUCUAAUGCUGUUACUCAAUAGUCUCCUUCUCAUCAUACAGAACGUGAACAUAAACAAUAAUAAUAAUAACAAUAACAACGAUAACAAUAACAAUAAUAACAAUAAUAAUGACGGUACUGCACGAGCGUAUGCUGAAAGGUUGGCAGGCCUGGAUCUCUAUGAUGUGACUCGUGCGUGACAAUGAAGUAUAGUUUGUAAUGGAGAGUACGGUGACUUGGAAAGAAGUGAAAUUGUUUGACUGGCUGACUGGCUGGCUGACUGACUGAC